AUGGGCUCCCAAGUCAACGUCGGAAAGGACUCAAAGCUGUUUGAGCCGCUUACAAUUGCCAAUGGCAAAAUCACUCUCAAGCAUCGAGUCGUGCUCGCUCCCUUGACGCGCAACCGUGGCACGCCGCACCGUGAGAACUCGACUGCUGAGAAUCCCAAUCGCAUUUGGAUUCCCAACGAUGUCAUUGCAGAGUACUAUGCGCAGCGAGCAACAGAGGGCGGCCUGCUCAUCAGCGAGGGCAUUCCGCCUUCACUAGAAGGAAAUGCUAUGCCCGGUGUCCCAGGGAUCUUCCUAGAAGAGCAAGCCCAAGGAUGGAAGAAGGUUGUUGACGCAGUCCAUACCAAAGGUGCCUACAUCUAUGCGCAGCUCUGGCACUCUGGACGCGCCAACAUCCCGCAGCUUACCGGAACGCCCAUCGUGGCCCCGUCCAGCAUCCCCUGGGAUGAUCCCAACGAAUGCUUCAUGUAUCCCGCACCCCACUCAACGACGCCUGUCAGGUAUAGCGAGCAGCUACCCCUCGAGCUGACGGUCGAGCACAUCCAUAAAACCAUCCGUGAUUACUGCGCCGCCGCAAAGACGGCCAUGGAGCUUGGGUUUGAUGGUGUAGAGCUUCACGGAGGUAAUGGUUAUCUGCCAGAGCAGUUCCUAAGCUCCAAUAUCAACAAGAGAACAGACGAGUACGGCGGCUCGCCGGAGAAGCGCUGCAAGUUCGUCUUUGAUCUGAUGGCCGAGCUGGCCAAGACGGUGGGAGAAGAUAACCUGGCCAUCCGCCUGACUCCCUUUGGUCUCUUCAACCAGGCUCGCAGUGAGCAGCGUCUGGAGACUUGGGGCCACCUGUGCCGCGAGCUGAAGAAGCGUCACCCCAAUCUGUCGUACGUGAGCUUCAUUGAGCCGCGAUACGAGCAAAUCUUUUCCGAGACGGAGAAACAACAGUUCCUUGACUCAUGGGGGCUUCCCGACGUCGACCUCUCCAUGUUCCGCAAGAUCUGGGGAGACACGCCGUUUUUCUCUGCCGGCGGCUUCGACCAGUUCAACUCGUGGGGGGUCUUGGAAAGCGGCAGAUACGAUGCCCUGCUGUACGGCAGAUUCUUCAUCAGCAAUCCGGAUCUGGUAGAGAGACUGCGCAAUGGCUGGCCUCUUGCUCCGUACGAUAGAUCUCGCUUCUACGGUCCGUUUGAAGACCCGACCAUCGGCUUUACCGAUUACCCGGCGUAUGAUGAGAAGAUUUGA